AUGGUCAAUCGUUGUGACAUUGAAGUUGUGGAUAAAAUGUUAAGAGUUAUUACUGAUUGUAACUUAUCUUUUGGUGGGAAAGUGGUAGUUUUUAAAGGGGAUUUUCGACAAGUUUUACCAGUGGUACCAAGAGGGAAAAAAAUUAUAAUGAAAGCUAGCUUAGUUUUCUCUAAAUUAUGGCCAUCGCUUUUACAUCUUUCAUUAUCUGAGAAUGUGAGGGAAAAGUUUGAUCCUAAUUUCUGUGAUUACUUAUUAAUAAUUGGAAAUGGAACAGAGAAACAACAUACUUCUCAUGCUAACAAUUUACACAUGAUGACAAAUCGAGCUAUUCUUACACCUAGAAAUGAGUGUGUUGAUCAUAUUAAUAAGAUAUUAUUAGAACAUAUUCCUGGUGAAAUUUUUAUGUAUUAUAGCUUUGAUAAAGCAAUUGAUAAAUUAGAACAGAGCUUGCAAGAAGAUUUACUCAGUAGACUGACUUCAAAUGAUAUUUCACCACAUGAAUUAAACCUUAAAGUAAACUGUCAUGUAAUGUUAUUACGGAAUAUCAACCCUUCUGAAGGAUUAUACAAUGGAACACGACUGACUUAUCGAAAAUUUUAG